AUUGUGUCUGUGCAGUUUCAAGAGAGGUUAUACCAACAGCAAGCAGAUCACUCAAGGAGUUUUGGACUACGAGUAGAAGACGAGAAAGAAAAUAAACAAUACUAGCAGGAAUUAGAGGACCUUCCACCGAUGGACAGCUCAAGAAAGAGAGAGAUGGAAGAAAGGAAAGGAGAGAUGGAUUAACUUUGAAUCAACCUUGGUGGAAGUAGGGAAGUUGUGACGACUUUGGGGAAAAUCGAAUGGAAUCAGGCAGUUACCUGAGGCGCAGAUCUGAAGUUGUGCUCCCACACAGUGAAUAUCAGCCCUGCAAAUCACUGUGUGUGUUAGUGAGGAUCCCGGCUGUGCUCAGUAUCACGGUGUUCUUAGAACACUAGUAUGAUCGGCUGUUCUGGGCUUUAAGACACCUGCGCACAUGGUGAAAUAACACAUAGCUCUUUGUUAGGGAUCGUUCUGGACUUCUGAGCCAUUUCUGCAAGUUCCUACUGUACAUGGUUUUCAGUGUUUUAGAGCAGAACCUUUUAAUAUUUCAUACAUAGAUGUGCAGUAUCCAAUCUCAACUUCAAUUCCAUUUCAGACUGGUUAUAGAUUUGGUUAUAUGACACAAAACACAUAAUUGUGCUUUCUAAAGUUGCGCAAAUGAGGUCGUUUAACUUCUUACAGUUUAAAUACUCAUUUCAAAUCUGGUGAAAACAGUUGGCAGACUAGAUAGCGCAUUGAUUUAUGAUUGUUUCAGAGAGCCAGAGUCUGUUUGCGUUAUGACGAGGUGAAUCUCAACAGGCUCUGCCUCACCACGAAAGAGAAAAAAAAACUCACAAAACCAGACCAGGUCUUAGGAGAACAAGAAGAAUUUCAUAAGCGAAAGCUUUUGUAGGAUUCAAAUCUGUGAUGUGGUUACCGGCUACCGUUUCAGAUAUAAACACAACAGCCUUAUGCAUAACAAGUAUGAUAUUAUCUAAAAGUGAGUACUCCAUUAGUGUUUGCAACAUUUGAGCUUAGUCUUUGAGUGCUAAUAAGUGGUUUGACGGCAAAGUUAAGUGUGGAAAUUGCCACACGAUAGGAUUUUCUUUUUACUCUUGAACGUGGAGGAUUGUUUUAAUUAGCCGCCUUCGGUUGGUUGUUAUCGCAUGUGAUAUUAGUUGCUUGAGGAUUAAAACACAGCCGCUAAAGUGAUUUAGUUAACCCUGCACUUAAAGAGCACUGGUGUUUAGUGUAGUAAUUUUGCUGCGGUUUCAGCUGUGUAGUGUGUGCUGAAUUGUGCAGUCAUCAACCACAGAGGCCUCAUUGAUCAGCUACCGAGCCUCAAUACACAAUGAGACGAGGCCAGCGAUCUCUCCUCCUCUCCUCCACUCCAUCCCUCCUGCUGCGAUCCCUCGUUCUGCUCUCCCUCUGCCCGCGGGGGCAGGCCGUGCAGGCUGAGAACGUGACCGUGCUGGAGGGGGGGACAGCACAGAUCUCCUGUCGUCUCCAGAACUAUGACGGCUCAAUCGUGGUCAUCCAGAACCCACGCAGACAAACGCUCUUCUUCAAUGGAACUCGAGCACUGAAAGACGACCGUUUUCAGAUGGUUCUUUUCACGCAGCGCCUGGUGCGGAUCACAUUGACUAAUGUAAGUGUAUCUGACGAGGGCGGCUACUUCUGUCAGCUCUACACCGAUGACACACACCACCAGGUGGCGACGCUGUCGGUGGUGGUGCCCCCAGAGGUCCCUACAGUGGAGGUGAAGACAGAGGCAGUGGAGGGCGGAGAGGUGGAACUCACAUGCAUGUCCCCGCGGAGCAAACCACCAGCCACACUGCGCUGGGUUCGAGACCGCCGAGAAAUCGCAGGUGUGAUCUCUCAGCAGGAGAACGGCAAGACCGUGAGUGUUUCCAACACUAUCCGUAUCCCUGUGGAGAGGAAAGAUAACGGAGCGGCGCUGAGCUGUGAGGCGUCUCACCCGGCACUCGUGGGGCAGAAGCGAGUUCGUCACUACAGCCUGGACGUUCACUUUGCUCCUACGGUGAAAAUCAUUCCCCCUCAGGGCAUCCUCCGAGAGGGAGACUCCCUCAGUCUCACCUGCUCCGUUACCGGCAACCCACUACCACGUGACAUCCAGUGGUCACGAGUGAACGACACUCUUCCUGAGAGGGCGGAGAAAACGGGCAACAUUCUCCAAAUGUCUCGCCUCAGCCAAUCACACAACGGCACCUACCUCUGUCAGGCCCAUAAUAAUUACGGCCGUGCAGCCGACCACUACACACUGCUGGUGUAUGUGUCUGUCCCUCCCAACUCUCAUCCUGCCAUCGCUCACCCCAUCCUUCCAUCCUCCAGCUUUACAAAGGAAUACCAAGACCCCGGAGCAGUGGUGGAAACCCACAGUGCUGUUCCGUAUGCAGUGAUCGGGGGCAUCCUGGCUCUGCUGGUCUUCACGGUCAUCUGUGUGCUCAUCGUCACCAUCUGGUGCUCCGUCCGACAGAAAGGUUCAUAUUUGACUCACGAAGCCAGUGGGUUGGAUGAACACGGUGAGGUACAGGAGGCGUUCCUCAAUGGUAAUGAUGCCAGCCAAGGCAAGAAGGAGUACCUACUGUAGCGCCGCCCUAGUGGAGCUCUUCAGAAACACUGGACCGCUGCAGAGUGCACACCGCAACACACACUGUUCCCAAACAGACCUACACACCACCACAACGACAACCAGAGGGAAUCACAAUCGUGCCAUAUGAAGCUGGAGUGGGAAGGAGAGGAUGGAGACAAUAAUGGAGCGGGGUGGAGAGCGAGAGAGCCGAGAGGAGAGGAUAAUUACUAUGAUUGAAAGAGACCAUCACACACACUCUUUCUGUUUUUACUUGCUUUUACAAUAGACAACUAGCCAUAAUUGUAGGACCAGGAGAGAAAAGUGUCAAUUCAAAACAGGCUGAUCCAUAACUGGGUGAAACAGCAUCGCUGUGGGAAGCCGCAAAGGGCUUAUGAGCUAUUGAAUGUCCCAAUAUGAGCAAAUUGAAAUUCCCUGCAUUUGCCAAAGCAUUUGGGCCUCAGAGACUGAGCUGGUAGACAAUAAAUCCACCAAUGACAGCGCUGAGAGCUCAGAGCCGUCCUCAUAAAGUAUUCAUCUGCGCUUUUCAUCUGGCGACUCCAUUAUCUGCUCAUGUUGGCCAAAACCUGUUGACUUGUGAAGAAAAGUUUCUCCCGUUUUGAUCCUCUCUCGGUGACUCCCUGUUUCCCCCUCUCCAAUGCUCCUUCCUCUCCCUCCUCUAUCUCUCCACUAUUGUUUGUUAAUAAUUAAGUGAUCAGACAUGUUCUCUUUUAUGAGAGGAAUGAAUUGGAGCGGACCGCUCACUCUGACGCUGUAAAAAGGGGCUUAAUUAUCGCAGAGAGUCACUGGAAACGUGAAACCGUGAGUAGCUCGACUUGGGUGAGAAAAAACAGGAAGGGAGUUUGAAGAGAACAUGUAAGAAAUUUUAAUGUUUUUUUUUUUUCUUUUUUGAUUGCUCAACACGAAAACACGUACACAAUGAAACAUAUCUCUUAAGUCAUUAUUUGUAUGAAAAAGUCUACAAAGUAAGUUAAAUGACUCUUUUAAGAAAAAAAAACAUUUACUUUUGUGCACAUUACCAGCGAUUCUAUCUUACUAACACAUAAUAUUAGCUUAGAGCUGCAAAACUGAACAAACUACUGUUACGUCAUCUUUAAAAAAAAAAAUUUCAAAAUUCAAAAAAAAAAUU